AUGUAUCGACAGCCACCCAAGGGUUCGGGCCGGAAAAGAGCACCCAUCGAUAGCGCUAGCUCGGCAACGCACACCCCUACCCUCGCCGAACAGCUCUCUUUCCUACACUAUCGUCGCCCGUUCAAGAACCCGAAUUAUACCAAGAAUCUUAAUAGACGGACGAAGAAUCUCAAGACGGUCCUGACCCAAGAACGGGAACGGGAACGUGCAGAGAGGGAGAGAAGACGACUGGAAAAAGAGGAGCAGGAGCGUAAGACAGACGAUGCCAUGGACGUCGACACCACCAACAACGCAAACGAGGAGAAGACUUCGGCGUCGCACAGUGUUGUCUUAGACGAGGAUAUACCAACCUACACAUCUAUCGAGGCACCACCCUCCUUACUCCCACCCCGGCACUAUUGUGAUAUCACAGGCUUGGAGGCACCAUACACCGACCCACGAACUGGCCUGAGAUACCAUGACAAAAGUGUAUACGAACUUAUUAAAGGGCUGAGUCCUAGUGUAGCUAAGGAUUACCUUGCCGCUCGAGGGGUCAAUCCAGUUGUCAAGUAA